AGAUCAAAUUGCAUUGAUUGUAAACCGAAUGGGUUGUUAAGCCAUAAUGUCGAUGACUUGGGAAAUAUUACGUUAUGCUAGAUUUCUGGCGUUAGAAGAUUCAAAAGCUAGCGUGACAUCAGUUUCAAGGAAUGAACAGAAAUGGAAGUACAUAGCUCCAGGUCCAAAAGAAGGCUUAAAAUUAUGUAUCAGCAUAGACCAUUUGCUUCUCACAAAUGAUGAUGUAAUCUUAGAGAAUUACUUUCUACGUGAUAUGAGGAGUACAAUGCGAGGAUUUGUGAGAGGAGAUAGUUUAUUGUUUGUCAUCAAAGUUAAGAAUGAAGCUAGAAAAUUUAGAGUGCGCUUUGCUAAAGGACCUCAUCCUACUGCUGUUGCAACCUGUGAAGAAUGUGCAGCCAAACUCUCCUACUUUUUUCCUGUAAGACCAUUUGAACCAGUGGAAAAACCUAAAUCUCCUGUCCAGAUUCUCAAGAAAAAUGUGUUGGAAGGUGAAGUACUGGCGCAGGAUGUAUCUCAGGUAUUGAAAGGUGAAAGGAAUGAUGUGGAGUUACCAAUUGCUUACACUGCAUCAGCAGCCAACAUGGAACCUGAAGAUCUAGAUAAACUCAUUCGCAUAUUCAUCCUCGAGAGUUCUUUUCCAUCCUUAGUUGAUGCUGUAGAGAAACAACUGGACUCCAUUGCUCGUGAUGAUGAUGAGUAGAAAUCUACUAAUAUAACCAAUGACCUCUGACUUUUCUCAAAUAAAAAGAUAUAUGAUAAUAAUUAUGUAACAAUAAUGUAACCAUUUACCAUUUCUGAAUCAUAUUAAUAUUAUGUUAAUGACACACAUUUGAUACCUCUCUUUAAUUCAUUCAUUUUUCAAUGUUAUAUUUUUAUGUUGAAUCACUUUAUGUUUAUUAAUAUAAUGCUUACAAAAUUUUUAUUUGAAUUGAAUAAAUAUAAUGUAAUUGUCUGGCUUUGUAAGUGAAUUGAGAGAUUCUGGUUUACUGAUUGAUUGAUUUUAUUCACUAGGAAUAAGACAAGUAUAAGACAAACUGUAUCAAAAUAUAUUAACAGGAUAGCCAAUGAAAUUAAGACAAAAUGGUUUCUUUCCAAUGGGGUCCUUGUGCACUUCUUUAUUAUUUUCAUUAUUAUUAUUAUUAAUAGUAUAUUAAGUAUUAUCAUCAAGUUGGUAAGCUUCAGAUUUAUUCCACCAUGCAUAUUCUUCCAAUUGAAGAAGCUUCUUGGAUAUAGAGGUAUUAUAUAUCGCAUACAUUGGUAAUUCCGAAGCUUCGUUAUUCCAAAGGUUCGUUAUUCCGAAGGUUCGUAUUUCCGAAGG